GCCAUCCUCAAAAGAUUCCGAUAAUGCAGCUCGCCACACCACACACCAUCUCUCUUCUCCUCCCCUCUCCCUCUCCCUCUCGUCUCUCUCCUUCUCCUCAGUCCCUGGUUUUCCCCGGACGAUUACGCUCUCUUUCAUAUUCUUCUCAGACGUCGAUCCUCCCCGAUGCCGGCGAUGAUUUCAUCGUCGGUGACUGUCUCGUCUACGAGGACGGCGUCUUCGAAGACCCUUACCUUCACAAGGAGGUCACCCAGGUUUCUCACCAGGAGCGCAAGAAGAAUCGGCGAGGCGGGGCCAAGAGACUAGAAGAAUCCGAGAUUGAGCCCGAGAACCUCGUGCCGGAGGAAUGGAGGGAUAUCCAGGCGGAAGUGAAUCUCACCAAGAAGGACAAACGCAAAAUUGCGCAGGAACUGGAGUUCGGGGUUCGAGUGGAGAAGAAGAGACAAGGGCUGAUUCCGCUGAGGAACGUCGACUUGAAUGAGUAUCUGACUUAUAAGGAAGCCAAGUUGGCUCAACUGAGGCCUGUCACUCUCGAUAAACCGGGAAAUCUCUCCGACGAUGGAGCCUCAAGCGAUGCUGUAACAUCUUCUAGCGAGCGAGUGGCUCCUAAGAACCCUAGAUGGGCUGUCUACGGCAAGGGAUUCGACCACGUUACCAAGUUCUUCAAUAGUGACAAGUACGAUCCCAGCAGUGGCAAUAAAUCCGACGGCCCUCGGAAGCUGCUUUCGCAAGAAGAAAAAUUUAUGCUUAAUAGCCGGAAUCCUGACCUAGCAGUUGCCACCUCCAAAAAAUGGCUUCCUCUUCAUACACUAGCAGCAUGCGGAGAGUUUUAUCUUGUUGAUUCUUUGCUAAAGCACAAUCUUGAUAUCAACGCAACCGACGUGGGCGGUUUGACAGCACUUCACCGAGCAAUAAUUGGUAAAAAGCAGGCUAUUACUAACUACCUGCUGAGGGAAUCAGCAAACCCAUUUGUUCUUGAUGAUGAAGGUGCAACCUUGAUGCACUAUGCUGUGCAAACAGCAUCGGCUCCCACAAUAAAACUUCUCCUACUGUAUAACGCUGAUAUAAACGCUCAAGACAGGGACGGGUGGACUCCCUUGCAUGUUGCAGUUCAGGCCAGAAGAAGCGACAUUGCAAAGCUUCUUCUGAUAAAAGGGGCGGACGUAGAAGUGAAGAACAAGGACGGGUUAACUCCGCUUGGGCUUUGCCUCUACCUUGGAAGAGAGACAAGGACGUAUGAGGUGAUGAAGAUGUUGAAAGAGUUUCCUCGUAGCAGACAGAAAAAGAUUGGUAACAACGACAGAUGAAGCUAUAAAAGAGUCGUAUUAAUUGCAGCAAACUCACUUAUAAGGGAGGACUGGAAAAUGGAGAUUGAGACAAAGGUAGAAAGGGCAUUGGAACCUCGGCUCGGAGUCGAGUAGGUCAACAGAUUGGGUUUCUUAAUCUUAUCCAUCGUUUUUUUGGUUUUGUUUUUGUUAUAUUAUCACACAACUUGGUCCAUCGUAAAGAAAUAUCUUAAUACUAUAAGACUGAACAAAUGUAUUCAUUAAUAAUAGUUUAAAAUAAAAUAAAAACUUCAACA